AUGUGUACACAACAUUUGCAGCGCACGCCGGCGGCGAACGCUGGGGCGGCGGGCGGCGGGUGGGCGAACGCAUCGGUGCAAGCUUGCCAACAGAAACUGCGUCUGCAGUCAUUACAGCUCGAGCGUGAACGACUGAAACAACGCCAGCAGGAGAUACGGCUCCAGCAAGAAUUAAUGGCGCGGCAAUCAUCAUCCAUCGUUUCUUCGCUCGCCAAUAGUACUGGGGCAGCCACUACCGACCUGUCCCUGGACCCAUUCCUCCCUGGGCUCAACGACCACCAGCGCCAGGAGUCAGCGGACAGUGGGCUGGGCAUGGCCGUCUCGCAAUCCUACUCGAUGCCGCACACACCUGAGGGUUUCCUGGGCAUGGACGACCGUAUGGACUGCACCAGCGAGGCGGGAGCCAAUCUUGAUACUGCGGACAUAACACUAGGCGAUACUGAUGACCUGUUGGGGGAAUUUACAAAUGAUAUAUUAUUAGACGACGUGCAGUCUUUGAUAAACUCGACACCAAACAAACCGGACAACGUGCUGACUUGGCUGUAA